GAAGGGGAAUGUGUAGGGGGAGAGGAGAAUAUUUUUGAGGAAGAAUCUAAAUUGGAUAAAGAUCAGAAGAGAUGCAUGAGGUCAAAGACAAAGCCAACAAUUAGAAAAAGAAAGAACAGAUUCAAAUUUUUCAGGAGACCCAAAUUAAAUAGCCGACGAAAACCUCUGAAAAUUUCUUCAGCCCCUGUUCUUCAAACCCAUAUCGGUGUCAUAUGCAAGAAUCAAAGGAAAAAACUUGCUCUGGCAAAUCGAGAGAAAUUGCCACUUCCAACAAUGAACAUGAGUCAAACAACAAAAGCUGAUGGCGAUGUAAAUAGAAGUAAAAGUCUUCCAACAAACAUUGAAAAAGUCUUAGGAUCGCGUGAUGAACAAAAUAGACUGACAGAAGCUACAGGAUUAAACUGUUUUUUUUUAAGCAGGGGGAAACUGAAGAAACUGUUAGACAAAAACCUGGAGUCUUGCAACAGCACAUACGAUGAUAAUCAGGUCAUUCUUAAAAGCAAUACAGAGAUAAAAGAUAUUACAAAAGACAAUUUAAAUCCGGAGCUAAGAAAAUCUCUGGAGAAAGUGAGAGACUUAGAAUCAAAACUUAAUCAUGAAAUUCAUAAUGGGAAAGUUUUGAAGAAGACGCUACAGUUACAGGGAGAUGUCAAUGAAGUGCUGAAACAAAACAGACAAAAAUUAAAAUGGGGCGAGUGUAAAAGAAAAAAGAGCCAAAGCUCUUAA